GAUUAAUGGGAAUGUUUUAUGUGCUUUAGGUGUUUGUUAAUGGACAGCUAGUGACCACUAUAGGUGAAGCUGGAAGCUUUGGAGAACUAGCACUUAUAUAUGGCACCCCACGAGCUGCAACUGUAAAGGCAAAAACAAAUGUGAAACUUUGGGCAAUUGAUCGUGACACGUACAGAAGAAUAUUAAUGGGUAGUACAAUUCGAAAGAGAAAAAUGUAUGAAGAAUUUCUCAGUAAAGUAUCUAUUUUGGAGAGUCUAGACAAGUGGGAACGUCUUACGGUGGCCGAUGCUCUAGAACUUGUACAGUUUAACGAUGGAGAGGUGAUUGUGGAGCAGGGUCAACCAGGAGAUGACUUUUUCAUUAUUGAAGAAGGAACAGCUGUUGUUCUGCAGAGACGGUCUGAAAACGAACCACAGGUUGAAGUUGGAAACUUAGGGUCUUCUGAUUAUUUUGGAGAAAUCGCUCUACUCUUAGACCGUCCAAGAGCUGCAACUGUAAAAGCUAAAGGUCCUCUUAAAUGUGUGAAACUCGAUCGAGCCCGGUUUGAACGUGUCCUUGGACCAUGCGCAGACAUACUGAAGAGGAAUAUGGCCCACUAUAACAGUUUAAUUUCUCUGUCUGUGUAAAACCUCUAUAUGUUUGUUUUCUAUUAGAAGAUCUGUUUGGACAAACCAUUUCAAUUAAGACUUUUAAAGUUGGGCUCCUUGAAUUGAAAGAGUUCAGGAAACACCAGUCCAUUUGUUAGAAAGAGCAUCAUGGACCAGGCAGCUUGAUAUGGAAGCUCUGUUUGCAUGCUGCCACAUCUAACAUCUGUAUUGAAACUAAUGUUCUAACCUACACAUUUGUAUAGUUUCUUCCUAGAUUACAUGUUUUCUGCCCAAGGAUGGUAGUAUUAAUGUUGUUAAGGUAUGUUUUCUUGUCUAUUUGUUGUUUUGUAAUAUUUAAUGGUUUUCAUUUUCUAUUUUUUUUUGUAAAAUGUUUGCUAACAGCAUGUUAAGGUGAUAAUGUUAUUAUUAUUAUUAUUGUUGUAUUAGUUGAAUGUAUAGAGUGAGCUAAAGAAAAAUGUUUCAUUAUUAAUGGAUUUAGGAAUAAUGAUUUUUUUUUUUAGAAGUACAACUUGUAGAAUGAUGAAAUUUUCUCAGUGCUUUUAAUAAUUUAUAGGAAAAUAUUAUUUUUCAUUUUUGAUAUGUUCUUCUUUAUAUUCAUCAUGCAGAAAUUAUCAAUUACUUAGAUCUUAUAAAAGCCAAAGCUGAUUAAUUAUGAAAAGAAUUAUCAAUGUGUUGGUAUGAAUAAAACUUGUAAUAUAAUUCACUAAGUCAAGAAGUGCACAUGAAUGAGUGAAUGAAUUUGUUUCAAUUUAAAUUCUCUGAUACAAAAAAUCCAUAUAAUUUUGUUUUUUAAUUUUGGAAGUUGUUAAAUUUGUAUUUUUAAACAUUAAUUUUCUUGUAACUUUUGUUCUAGUCCUGUUUUACAGUUUCAUAACUGAUGUAUUCAAAAAGACUAACGAAACAUCAGAUUGUAGAUAAAAUUCCUAUGAUUUAAACCCUCAAAACUGCAAGAAAAGAAAAGAAAAAAGCAAGAUAUAUUAUUUCAAAGAGCAAAAGGGGUGAAUGAGAUCGCACAAGAAAAGAGAUUGCAAUUUAAAACAUACUAUAGUAUUUUUUUUGUUUGUUUGAAGUUUGUAUAGGCUCAGGUUUUCAACUUGAAUAUUUUCCAGCUAAUUUGAAGGAAGCUGUAUAUUAUUAUGGUUCUGUAAUCUGAUUGUAUUAGCAAUGUUUAAGUAGAUUAUUAUUAUUAAGUAAGUUAUUUGUUUAUGUGAAAUUUUAGUGUUAGUAAGAAAGCUAUAAUACAUAUUAAAUGUACAUAACACGAUUACCUAAACUGUACUAGAAACAUUAUAAGAAAAACAAUAUAUUAAUGAAUUUGUUUAAUAUAAUAUCCUACUAAAAAUAUAAUGUGAAAAUGUAAAACAUAAUACUUUGUCAAUAUAACAAUAUUUAAUCUUUCUGUGUGUGUUUUAUGUUCAGUUUCUGUUUUUCUUUGUAUGUUAUUUGUAUUUGAUGUUUGAGCUAAUUUCACGUGUUUUAGUAGUUAUGUAAACUGUGUAAUAAUAAACAUUAACAAAAUUAUGUAACUGUAUCUGUAUUAUUAAUUGUAUGUUAGAAGGCACAUUACAAGUCCUUUUAUUGUAUGAACAUUAUUAAAUAUAUUUCCAGUGAAUAGCUGGGCAAUUUUAGGCUUAGAAGAUCCAACACAUUUUGAAAACAAACCAGUAAACUGUGUAAUAAUAAACAUUAACAAAAUUGUGUAACUGUACCUGUAUUGUGAAUUGUAUGUUAGAAGGCACAUUACAAGUCCUUUUAUUGUAUGAACAUUAUUAAAUAUAUUUCCAGUGAAUAGCUGGGCAAUUUUAGGCUUAGAAGAUCCAACACAUUUUGAAAACAAACUAGUUAAGUGGAAAAGGUUUGAAAGAACUUGUUUUAAAAUGAACUUGUAUGUUAAGCCUAUUUAUAACAAAUUUCUCAAAAGCAUUUUAGAGAAAAUGAGUUGUUCCCUUCCAAGAAAUGUUUUUUUUUUUCUGUGUUAUUGUAACAACUGCACAAAGUUUCAUUUUCCCUGAAGUUUAAAACGUUCAAAUUUUGAUGUAGUAAUUACUAAAAGAUCAAAUAUACAAAGUGAAAUAUGGAUGGAUAUGAUGAUUGUUAAAAUAACUGCAAUUUAGGUACUUGUAACGAGAGACUUUACUAGUAAUGGGUUGAGAAAACAAAUUUUACCUUCAAAUUAUUUUGCAUGUCUUAUAUUCUACAUGGGAAAAAUUUACCUUAAGAAUCUGUAAACUUAUUAAAUAUCCAUAUAUCUAUAUAAUAGAGCAAGCGUAACUAUUGUAGUUAUUAAACAGAUAUAAAUUGAAUUUAUUUUUAAUUACUGUGCUACAUUGGAAUUAGUUAAAACUUUACAUUUAAUUUGAACCUGUCAUGGCUGAUUUAUAAAUUCAACUUAAAAGUUGGAAGCCUAUGUGUUCAUAGUAGAUAUUAGCUCAAGAAUUUUUUGGUUCUAGCAGGUUUUAUUGUUAUAUCAAUUUAUGUCAAUAGGUUAAUGAUACAAAUCCAGGCUGCUUUUAUUUUUUUCGAUAUUUGAAAUAAACCUGUUGUGAACCAUU